AGUUUCACGCAUGCGCACGGGAUAUUUAAAGUCACGUUGGCGGUCUGUUCCGUUUCGUUGGUGCACAUCAGCUCGGUCUGGAGGAUGAGCUCGGGCAAUGGCUCAAGAAGGAAGGUCAGCAAGCAGCAGCACUACAGCAGCGUGGUGCCGUCUGACCCUGAAACACAGGCAGAGAUUCAGGGUCUAUUCAACAAAGUUAAAACUUACAGGAAGCCGAUCAGUGAGAAAUGGAGGCUUCCCGACCCAAAUAUUGCUCUCAAACACCCGACAGAGGAGCACCGACAUCUGCACGAGCUAAAGGCGUCACUGAAUGCAGUGAAGAACCAGCUCAGUGACAAGAACAUACAAGUGUGGCAUCAGCACACCAACUCCACGAACCGAGCCGGGAAAGUGAUUGCUGCUGUUCGCUCUGCUGCCAACGCGGAGAUCUGCACCCAGGCCUGGUGCAAGUUCUACGAGAUCCUGGGAACUUUUAACCUUCUUCCAGAGGAGGCUCUUCGGAGCGGGGAGCUGAACUCUGUCCAUCUGUGUGAGGCUCCAGGAGCCUUUAUAACCGCUCUGAAUCACUACAUGAAAACCAAUGAGUCCACACGCUACUGUGACUGGGGCUGGGUCGCCAACACCCUUAACCCAUACCAUGAGGCCAACGGUGGGAGCACGACCAUCGCUGAUGACCGGUUAAUCGCCAACACGCUGCCAUGGUGGUUUUUCGGCUCAGACAACACGGGGAACAUCAUGCUUCAGAAGCACCUGCUGGACCUGCGGGUGUUUGUGUCCAACAUGCACAGAGUGGAUUUAGUGACGGCAGACGGAAGCUUUGACUGUCAGGAGAACCCUGACGAGCAGGAGGCGCUGGUGGCGUCGCUGCAUUACUGCGAGGUCACAGCAGCACUGCUCCUUCUAGGCCCCGGUGGUUCCUUUGUACUGAAGAUGUUUACCCUGUAUGAACACUCCUCUGUCUGCUUACUCUACCUGCUAAACUGCUGCUUCCACGCCGUCAGCAUUUUCAAACCUGCCACCAGCAAAGCAGGAAACUCCGAGGUUUAUGUGGUGUGUCUGAACUAUGAGAGUAAGGAAGCCAUGAGGCCUCUGCUCUCCAAACUGAUCCGUAAUUAUGGACCAAAUCUGGCAGACAGAGAAGCUCUUUUCCCCAGCUCGGUUAUCCCAGAGACGUUUCUCAAGCAGCACGAUGAGUUGUGCUCCUACUUUCACGCUCUGCAGGUGGAGACCAUCGGUGAGAACCUGCGACUAUUUGAUGGUAUGAGCACAGAGCAGAGGCAGCGGCUCGACCACAUCAGAGACUGUAUUGUGGAUGAGUACCUGCAGCGCUUUCAGGUGAGCUUUCUUCCCAGAAACCGGUGGAUUUCUCGGAACACGGUGAGCCCUGCCUGCUGCAGUGUUUCUGCAGGUCGACCUUUGGGCCAGAAGAAGCAAACGGGCUCAUUCAAUGAGCGGAGAGAGCUGCAGAACCUGAGCUGGAGGGAAAGAAUUGGGGUGAGCUGCCAUGCUACGUUGAUACAGAGUCACUGCACUGAGGACAGAGGGAUGGGCUGCGUGUUAGAAGGACCCCGGUCCAGCUGCCAUGUAGAUUCAUGGUAUGUUAUAAUUGGAGCUGCGCUGCCUGCUGUCAGAAACUCUCCAUUCUGUGACUUAGGACUGUUGAACCACCUAAACGAAGCCCUGCUGGAUGCAGCGGUAGACUGGACUCUUGUGACUCCCUGUCACUCCUGCAGUGUGGCUUGCACAGCCUCCGUUUUGUCUGAAGCUGCAGGUAUUUGCAUUCUCAAAGGCUCUGAGGGGAACAAAAAGAAGAAACUGUGUAUGGUGUUCAGCAGCCGCUCAGCAUGGGCUGCCGGUGAGGGCCAAGUGGAUGAUUUAGUUUUAACAUUCAGCGAAGAGCCUUCAUUUCCUCAAAGAGGCUGCAUCCUGCUGCAUGAUGGAGAGCCUCUGUACCAGCACCAGCUUCUAGGCUGCAUCAUGUUUUCCCUCCAAACCCUGAGUGCUGGGGAUGGCCUGCUGCUGCCGGUGUUUUCUGCCCUCACUCGAGUCACUGCAGCCGUGGUGUUCUGCCUGCAUGCCUGUUUCCGCUCCGUCUCAUACAGGUGUCCACCCCCUUCGGGUGGGGUUGGGGCCUUGCUAAUGUGUGUCGGUUUCUGCCCCGAAGCAGCUGCCCCAAUGCUCCCGGUUCUAACUAAUGUGCAGAGCAGCAUCCAUCAGCUGAUGGGUAAUAAACAAUCACAGCCAGGUGACAGACAGGUACUGCAAUUUGUUCCCAUGGAGGAGCUGCUCAAAGGAGGACUGACACAGUUCCUCUGGACCAUGAACUCUGAAAUCACCCAGCAGAAGCUGCACCUCCUCAUGCAAUCAUAGAGCAGUAAGGGGUGAGUCCAGGAUGCAUGUUAUCAUUUCUGAGGCAGGAGCUGCUGAGGAGACUGACUUUAUGCUGAUAUCAGGAUAUCCAAUCUGAACAUCACUCCGCAAUAACUAUCUCACUCUCUUAAAAACAAGACCAACAAACAGACGAACAAAAUUAAACUCUUACCUCAGAAAAUUAGAGUAUUGAAAUGUACCUUUAUUUGUGUAAUUUAUAAAAAAAUAAAAAUAAAAAAAAACAUGUAGAGGGUUCUAUAUUUACAGCAUUUAUUUCUGUUCAUUUUGAUGGUUAUGACAGAACUAAUGAACAGGCAAAAUUAGGUUUCUCACAAAAUUAGAAUAUUACAUAAGACCAAUAAAAAAGGGUUGUUAAUACAUAAAUAUACUCAAAACCUGGUCAGGGCUCCUUUUGCAUAAAUUACUGCGGCAUGGUGCUGAUCAGCCUGUGGUUCUGCUCAGGUGUUUGGGAAGAUAGGUCUUUAUUCCAUUCAGACAAAUGAGAUCUGAAACAAUUAUGUUGCUAAGCCGCUGAGUCCCUAAAUACAGACUUUGUUUAAUUAGUAAAUAAUAAUCUGUGAUUGAUUUAAGUUAUCUGAGAACGUCUGCUCCUGAUGUUUGGGCCCCCGUCCCCCAUGUGCCAAAUGAAUUAGCCUUAUACAUUUGAUUUACUCCUUGUUUGUGUACAGUUUCUGAGAAACCUGUAGGCGAAGAGCAAACUGACAAUAAAAACCUGCAGUGCAUGAAAAUGCAGAUUACAUGCAGAACAUGAUCAGCAGAACUGAUCUGUGAUUAAAGUCUGAGGAUUUGAAGGGAGCUGAAUAAUCAUUUAUCCAAGCCUCGGCACCAAACAGUCGUAGAGGUUUUGAGUUUCCCCUGAAGUGCUCGUUGUUUUGUAAUGAAUUAUUUUAUCCCACGAUGCUGAGGAUCUAAUGGCCGUUAUGGAUGUUGAAGCUAAAUUCCUGUUAAUGCUUUUAAUUUCUGUUUUUCAUGCCCGGGGGGAGACGAAGUGCACUAAUGUUUUAUUUAUCAUGAAAGUCUGUGUUCUUAUAGCUUUGUUUAGUUUAUUCUAUUUUGCAAAAGUCUGCAUAACCUACAUUCUUUUAAAAAACGUGCACCGGAAAAAAGUGCUGAGACUGGUGAAAUAAAACCAUCAAAUUUAA